GCCGGGAUGCCUGCACCGAGGAGGAUGCUGCUGCUGCCUGCUCUCAGCACGGCCCUGCCAGCGCCCAGGCAGCUCAGCCCUCACAGAGAUGCUGCGGGGAGCUGGCGGCUGCAGCUCCUUUGAAGUCUGAGCUAAAAAAAAGAAGGAAAGAGACAGAAGUAUAAUUGCUCUGGCACGCCUGCAUUCCUACUUCAGUCUCAGACGGGCAGGCACUCUUUCUUGUCGGAGCCUGGAAGAGGAUCCGAUCCCUGAAGAUUGUCACCACGAACGUGCGUAAGUGAAACCUGCAGCCAUGCUGAAACAGAUAUUAUCAGACAUGUACAUCGAUCCGGAGCUGCUGGCAGAACUCAGCGAGGAGCAGAAGCAGAUCCUCUUCUUCAAGAUGAGGCAGGAACAGAUCAGACGGUGGGAGGAAAGAGAAGCUGCUGCAGAAAAGAUUUCAGCAAAGAAGCCACUGCCAAGAAAAGCCAACAGGAAGUCAGUGACAUGGAAACUCGGCGCUGACAAUGAAGUGUGGGUCUGGGUGAUGGGUGAACAUCCUUCAGAUAAAUCCUAUGCAGCCAUCUGUGAAGAGAUCCAGGCACAAAGAGCAAAGCGCUUAGCGAGAGAGCAAGGCCAGGAGGGCAGAGAGACUGAAUCUUCUGCAACAUGGUCUGUACACCCACAGCCAGGACUUCCAGCUGAGACAGAUCUUCAUGGGAAUACAAAAAACACUGCGGAGAAAAAGGAGGAACAUGGGAGAAGAAUGACUGAUAUUGAUACAACAGGAAAAAGCCACGAGCUCACAAAGAGAGGAACCAGAAAUGUUCACCAGAUGCUGGCGGAUUGCCAUGCAAGGAAGCAGAGCUUCCAACAGAUGAAGGAAGCACAGAGGAAAAAUUCAGAAGAGAUCACAACCCCCCAGAGGCCAAUACCACAGAGCCACUCCAGCACAGAGAGCCAGAGAAUGCUGCAGAAAUCGGAUGAGAAUGAGCCUGAAUGGCAGGAAUUCUUGCAGAAAUCCAAGGCAGCAGAUGAGAAGAGACGCUCCCUUGCACGGCAAGCCAGAGAUGACUACAGGAGGCUUUCACUGCAGGGCAUCCACAGAGGGAAGCAGGCAGAUAUUUCCAAGGGUGCCACAGCAGGAGAUCGGCGACCACUUCAAUACCCACCUCUCCCCCCCAAGCCUAAACUUCUACCUCCUGCAACGGCAAAUGGGAGAGCAAUUAGGAAAGAGGCAGUCCAGAGGACAAUCUCCAAUUCCACAGAAGAAAACAUCAUCAAGUGGUUCAAAGAGGAGCAAUUCCCCCUCCGAGCUGGCUAUCUGAAAACCACAGACACAAUAGCACCUUGGUUCCAUGGUAUCCUAACCUCUAAGAAAGCAGAAGAGCUUCUGAAUAAAACACUACCAGGGAGUUUUCUGAUCCGGGUCAGUGAGAAAAUCAAAGGCUAUGUGCUCUCCUAUCGGUCUGUGGAAGGAUGUAAACAUUUCCUCAUUGAUGCCUCCAGUGAUUCCUACAGCUUUCUUGGAGUGGACCAGCUGCAACAUUCAACUCUGGCUGACCUUGUAGACUACCACAAGGACGAACCCAUCACUUCCUUGGGGAAGGAGCUGUUGCUUUAUCCAUGUGGCCAAGAGGACCAAGAGCCAGAUUACAUCUCUCUCUUUGAGUAAACCUCCCCAUCUCGUUGGGCAGCCCUGGACUUGUAUUCACAAAGAACUUAGAACUGGACUUGGAACUAGAGCUGCUGAUACUUACCUGAAACCAUCGGUGCCUCUAUUUUGUAUCCUUCACAACAAAGCAGUAGGAAGAUAAGUACUGUGAGCUACAGGAUGCAUCAGCCCAGCAAGCUGCAAAUCUGGAUACAUCCCACAAGAUAGAAAGAAUGAGUUGAUGAAGUAAUCAGUUGAUCAGGGAGAUAUUGCCAUGGAUUGUCAGUGGGUUUUUGUAGGUUUCUUGAGGGACUUCUGUAUUCAAGCUGCCUUUUAUUCUUGAAUGCAAGGUUCUCUGGGAAAUAGAUGAGUACCUACAGUUGAAUGAGAUUAUACCUUCCUGAAGGCACAAAACAACUUGGAGAGGUAAAUCUAUCUUGAUGUGUAAUUUGCAAAAUGUGAAGCUUAAUUCUAUAAAAUGCUGUGUCCUUGGAAGGAAGGAUGUUCAGCCAAACAUCCAAGCAAACCCUGAGUGCCUUUCAGUGAAAGGUACUCUCUGUGACAAGAGAUUUGCAUACAUGAAGAAUGCAUUUUUUAAACUCCU